GAACUGGAGAAGGAAAGGACACAUCUCUUGGAAGAUGUGACAUCUAACAAGAGAAAGAUGAAGGAACUAGAGGACAACCUCCUCUACCGACUGACCAGCACACAGGGUUCACUGGUGGAUGAUGAGAGUCUGAUUAUUGUCCUUGGCAACACCAAGCGCACAGCUGAAGACGUCACUCAGAAACUGCAGAUUGCGGCAGAGACUGAGAUCCAGAUCAAUGCUGCCAGAGAAGAGUACCGGCCUGUGGCCACCAGGGGCAGUAUCCUGUACUUCCUGAUCACUGAGAUGAGUAUGGUGAAUGUCAUGUAUCAGACCUCUCUGAGACAGUUCCUGGGACCUUUUGACCUCUCUUUGGCCCG